AUGUCGGCCCUGCGCGGGGCACCUGCGGGCGUCUUUGAGCUCCAACGCAGCAGCUCCUUCCAAGGCCUCCAGGCCAAAUACAAACAUGGACUGGAGAAGGACGAUGAACAAGCUUCCACUAGUCAAAUACUAGAUGGAGAGAGCGACUAUGAGGAAGAAGAAGAGGUGGACGAGUCAGUUCGAGAAGAUAUGAACAGACUGGAAGAUACCUUUCCGGGUAUCUCAGACCGAUUUCGUCUAGUCAAUCGAAUUGGAGAAGGGACUUUCUCAACCGUAUAUAAAGCAGAAGAUCUGCUUUACGACCACUACCACAACGACUGGGAUAUCUUCGCCCAGGCGCAACAACAAGAUACCUGGGACAGCCCUCCUUCCAAGCGACGAAGGGUAAACGGGGAACCAUCUGGGAAUAGAAAGACUCGAUAUGUGGCGCUCAAGAAGAUCUAUGUCACCAGUAGUCCUAUUCGAAUCCAGAACGAGCUGGAACUUCUCCACGAUCUCCGCGGUUGUCGAUCUGUUUGUCCUUUGAUCACAGCCUUCCGUUCUACCCUUUUCCCACACACGGAUUUUCGUAUCCAGUACCGUACAUUUAUGGUGGCAGACAUGCGCCAUUAUCUGCAAUCCCUCUUGACAGCGUUGCAAUCGGUUCAUGAACAUGAAAUUCUGCAUCGAGAUAUCAAGCCAACUAAUUUUCUCUACAACCCAGACUUGAAGGAAGGCGUGCUUGUUGACUUUGGACUUGCGGAGCGCCAAGGAUCUGAGUAUAGCAAUCCAUGUCUUUGCUCACACCAAACCUACGUUCGACGCAGCCGGAUACACACUAGUUAUUAUUCCAAGAACCCGCCAUCUAAUGGAACUUCAAGCGGCUAUCCCAAAAAUGACUCUCGGCCGUCAAGGCGAGCAAACCGUGCAGGCACUAGGGGUUUUCGAGCACCGGAAGUUUUGUUCAAGUGCACAUCGCAGACCACUAAGAUUGACAUGUGGUCAGUUGGAGUGAUCCUUCUUACACUGCUCGGAAGACGUUUUCCUUUCUUCAACUCGGCUGAUGACAUUGAUGCUAUGAUCGAGAUGGCAAGCAUCUUUGGUACAAAACGUAUGAAGACUGCUGCAGUGAUGCACGGACAGAUCUUUGAGACGAACAUUCCCACCAUCGGCGAGAAGGGAUACAGCUGGGAGAAGCUGGUGAAAUGGUCCAGCUGCGUGGAAGAUCUGACAGAGAGCGAGCAACAGGCAACGCGCCUUCUAUCCGGGUUGAUGGAGCUUGAUCCGACAAAGCGUUUGAGUGCCGAAGAGGCGCUGAAUCACGAGUUCUUUACCAACCCCAUUCAUCACGAUGUUGAAUGGGGUGGUCACCCUGAGGAAAGCGGUGGUGAUUCAGGCGAAGAAGAUGUGGGAGAGGAUGAGGCAGACGAAGUCACCAUGCUAUGA